AUGGACAUGACCAUGACGUCGAAAAAUCACAGCUCGGCCAGCGAACACAUAAAGCGGCCGAUGAACGCAUUCAUGGUGUGGUCCCGCGGUCAACGGCGCAAAAUGGCCCAGGACAAUCCGAAGAUGCACAAUUCGGAGAUAUCGAAAAACCUUGGCGCCCAGUGGAAGCUGCUAACCGAGGGCGAAAAGCGGCCCUUCAUCGACGAAGCGAAACGGUUAAGAGCCCUGCACAUGAAAGAACAUCCCGAUUAUAAGUACCGGCCGCGAAGGAAACCGAAACCACUGGUCAAAUCUCCCACACCGAACGGUGCGAACCAUUCGAACGGGAACGGUUCGUCGUCGGCGAAGGAAGCAGCGCCCCAGUCCCAGUCACCGGUCGGUCGGACCACCUUCAGCCCGACGCAACUGACCACACCGGUCGGUUUGCCGCCUGGCAUCUUCCCGUCCUACCACUUCGCCUACGAUCUGCACCAGAAAGCGUUCUGGAACCUGUACGGUCCCCAUCUGCUGUCCUCCGUCGUACCGUCCGCGUAUGCCGUGCCUCCCCAUGCCGCCCUGCCACUGUCCUACAUUAAGCCACCCAAGACGUCACCGCCAUCGCCGAUGGCACCACCCUCGCCGAUCCAGUCGACCAACAUCAUCUGA